AUGGCCGACCGAGGAUAUUCCACCCUGACCAAGCUAGGCUUGGGCGCCCUGACCUUCAACUCGGCACUCGCCAUCUACAACUCCUGGGGCGACGCCGGCUCCGUGGCGUUCGCGCUCGCCGCGGACGCCGCGCUCGUGCUGCUCUUCCUCUGCCUCCGUGAGUUUGAGCGGGGCGGCAGGGGCAGGGAUGCCAAGAUCAAGGCCGCCGUGUGGGCGCUCACCACGCUGUUCACGGCCAUGUUCGCCUCGAGGGUGGCGCCGCUCAUGCCGCCGCCGGUGGCCGCGGUGGUCUGGCUCUUGGCCGUCGCCACGGCCGCAGGAGGGUUCUGGGCGUUUUUCCUUAACUAGUAAAUGUCCGUGCGUUGCAACGGAAAUAUGGAGUAUGCCGAAGCACCGAGGUUUUCUUUACCCACUUCCUUCGCAAGUGUGUAUAAACAUAUCAACUUUACUGCCCCCGCGGGCCACUUCACCCAGAAUCCUCUAUAA